ACUGCUCUCUCUGGUGCUAAAGAGGGACCGAUUCGAGCCUUUGUUUAUAACAAAUCUAUUGUUCUAUCCACCAUCAUCAUCAUGGACCCUCUAUCUGUCACAGCUGCUAUCCUGGCCUUCCUUGAAACAUCAAUUGGUAUCAUCAGUCGACUCAGGGAUGCUUACUCACGCCAACAGACUCAACUGAGCUUGUUGGAAGGGCACCAUGAAGAGCUGCAGGGUACUCAAAAUGUCAUACAGGUUGUUCAUAAUGAACAGUGCCUCCAUACGGCAGCUAUGUCAUCUGAGCUAGCAAAAAUGAAAGAUCUGUCGCAGAAUCUUCUCACGUUUCUGAAGCUACUAGAUCCGCAGGAGAAGUCUGUUCCACGACAGAUCGCUCAUCAGCUAACCAGCGGAUCACGAGACGAGAAGAAGCUCAAAAGCAUUUCUGAAAGCAUGACUGCCGUGAAGGCAAAUAUCUUUAUAUAUAUUCAGGUUGCUGCUGUCGGAAUAACACGUGAUGGCCAAAGCAACAUUAUAGCCAACACAGCAAAGAUCAUGCAGCUUGAUCAGACUAUACGAGAGUCACUUGGUGACGGACAAGGAUUGAAAAUUGCUAGUUUGAUAAAGGAUCAACCUCGACGAGAAGAUGGUACAGUUGUUCUGGACCCAGACGACCUACGUAAGAUGGGCGUUUCAAGUCCCAAUGGUGGGACUUCUCGAAUCAUUGUUGGCAAUUUAACGCGCUUACAAGCGCUCCAGAUCAACGGGCCAAUCGGUGAAGAUGAGUGGAAGGCCGUCAGCCACCUUGAGAUCAGAGGUAAUGAGGCUGGUGCAGCAAGCUCACAGGUGAACUAUCCUGUCUCUGGUACGGUCUUCGCCUCUCUUCUGUUUAACCAUUUCAUCAAAUACAUCUUGCUAUUCGUUUUGAUUUAUCUUCCUUUCAAUUAUUUUUUCACAAAGAACUGA